AUGGCCACUAAAGAUACCAUGAAGGCAGUGGUCUUCAAAGGCCCCUACAAGGUCGAGCUGGAGGAUCGACCAAUCCCGAAAAUCCAGGACCCGAAAGAUAUCAUUGUCAAGGUCACCUAUACAGCACUUUGCGGCAGUGAGCUUCAUGUCUUCCGUGGCCACCAGCCCUCGAGCACGGGAUUCAUUAUGGGCCACGAGUAUACAGGCGUCGUGUCGGAAGUCGGGAGUGAUGUCAAAACCGUGAAACCAGGAGACAAAAUUGUCAGCCCUUUUACGUCUUCAUGCGGAGAGUGUUUUUAUUGCAGAAAAGGGUUUUCUUCAAGAUGUGAAAAGAGUCAAUUAUUAGGCUCCGCAGCCCUGGACGGCGGCCAAGCUGAAUAUGUACGCAUGCCAAAUGCAGAUGGCACUGUCAUGAGAGCUCCGGAAGGGAUCAACGAGCAUGCCCUAGUUUUGAUGGCCGAUAUAUUCCCUACCGGUUAUUUCGCAGCCAGCAACGCCUUCAAGGAAUUUACCAGAGAGGAGGUUUCCGAAUUGACGGUCGUUGUGAUCGGAUGCGGCCCCGUUGGGCUCUGUGCUCUUAUAAACGCGGAGGACUACAAGCCAAAGCAUCUUCUCGCAGUUGACUCCGUUCCCUCAAGGCUCGAACUGGCCAGGUCCCUAGGCGCGGAGCCAUGGAAUUAUCAAACUGACCGGGACGGCUUGGACAAGCGAGUCAAAGAACUGACAGCGGGUCGGGGGGCAGAUGUCGUGAUUGAAGUUGUCGGAUUAAGCCCGGCCUUGAAGAUGGGUUUUGACUUGCUUCGACCGUGGGGCACAAUCAGCAGCGUUGGAGUCCACAACGGAGAGAUCCCGUGGACGGGCAAUCAGGCAUACGGAAAGAACCUGAAAGUUCAAAUGGGCCGAUGCCCUGUGAGAUCAAUCUUCCCAGGGGCUCUUGAGAUGUUGAAGAAAAAGCAACAUUUGCUCGGAUUUAUGGCCGACAAGAUCAUGCCGUUGAGCCAGGCCGUCGAGGGUUAUGAGAUUUUUGACAAAAUGCAAGUCCAGAAAGUCAUUUUUGAUGCCAGGCAAUAG